CAUUUUAUGUAAAUUAUAAUACACUUGAAAUGAAUAUUCGGUAUAUAGCCUACAAGAAAACAUGCGGAUCAUUUAUCACACAUAGCCAUACUCAGAUACUGUAAAAAAGUAAUAAAAUACUGUAACACAGUACGCAUAACUACAGUAUGGACGACAGUUCCCACCAUCCUUUGCGCCCAAGCAGGACGAACGUUCGUAAUAUAGGCCAAUGGCACUCACUGUCUGAUCCAAGUUAGGAGCUUUCAGCUGCCAGCCGUGGCCCAUUAUGUAAGUGCCGCUGAGAAUUAUUUGCAGUGCCAUUGCAAAACUACCCGUUUCCUGACCGUUUUGCAAGGUGUGCAAUUGUAAUAUUGCUCUUUGCACGGACACACACGGUUCAGACGCAAAAAGGAUCCAAGUGCAUGAAGAUCGCGGCUUGUAUUCUGCAAGCAAGCUUCGGCGCGAGGGCGAUGGAGGGAGGGAGUGAGAAAGAAGGCAAAGUCUCUAGUGCAUCCCCUCCCCCCCAUCAAAGCAAAGGGGAAAUGUCUCAGCCAAAGGGAGGUAAGAAGAAGCCUGGGCUCAAGCUCUCCAAGGAGGUGUUUGAGCAGCCGUCUCCUGCUGCUGCACCCCCAAGAGAUUUGGAUUCGAAAGCUUGUGUGACCAUUGGAGAGAAGAACUUUGUGGUGAAGGCAGAUGACCUGGAGCAGAUUGGCGAGCUGGGGAGAGGGGCGUACGGUGUGGUGGACAAGAUGAGGCACAUGCCCAGUGGCCUGAUCAUGGCAGUCAAGAGGAUCCGGGCCACAGUGAACAACCAGGAACAGAAGAGACUGUUGAUGGACCUGGACAUCUCUAUGAGGACAGUAGACUGCUUCUACACAGUCACCUUCUACGGCGCACUCUUCAGAGAGGGUGAUGUGUGGAUCUGUAUGGAGCUGAUGGACACCUCUCUGGAUAAGUUUUACAAGCAGGUGAUCGAUAAAGGCAUGACCAUCCCUGAAGACAUCCUGGGAAAGAUGGCCGUCUCGACAGUGAAAGCUCUGGAACAUCUGCACAGCAAUCUGUCAGUAAUCCACCGAGAUGUGAAGCCAUCCAACAUAUUGAUCAACACCCAGGGCCAGGUGAAGAUGUGUGACUUUGGGAUCAGUGGUUACCUGGUGGACUCUCUGGCCAAGACCGUGGACGCAGGCUGCAAGCCCUACAUGGCGCCGGAGAGGAUAAACCCAGAGAUUAAUCAGAAAGGCUACAACGUCAAGUCUGACAUUUGGAGUCUAGGAAUCACUAUGAUUGAGCUGGCCAUCCUGCGGUUCCCCUAUGACUCCUGGUGCACGCCCUUCCAGCAGCUGAAGCAGGUGGUUGAGGAUCCGUCGCCCCAGCUCCCUGCUGACCAGUUCUCCCCUGAGUUCGUUGACUUCACCUCCCUGUGCUUAAAGAAAAAUUCCAAAGAGCGGCCAAACUACCCAGAACUCAUGCAACAUCCCUUCUUCAUCUCCCAUGACUCCAAAGACACUGACGUGGCUAGCUUUGUCAAGGUCAUCCUCGGGGACUGACGAGCGCCCUAAUCUAACCCAACACUCUGACCAAUUGCCACGAGGACCUACAAAAAAUAAAAGCACCCAUCACAAACCCUAUUACCUGCGGGAGUCCACCCCCUCCCUAGUCCCCGACCCCCGACCCCCGACCCCCGCCCUCUGGCACAGUGCAGAUGGACAUUAGAGGAACUCAGAGGAACUGAGUGAGAAGUUAUCCUAAAGGAUUUAAGGUCCUCACAUAUUAGAUAUGGGGAAAAUGGGGAAAUUACUGGAAUUUUGAGGAUUGGAGCACCGGCCCAUAUAUAAUCUGGAUUAAUUUAAAUAUAUCUGUAUGAAAUGUGAUUCCCCUCGACCUCUAAAUUUGUCCCACCCUUGUUACUACUAAAACAGAUUCCAUUGUUAGAUGUUAAUGAAUUAAGCAACGUGUGGAUUAUGCCCUGUCCUGUAGAGUACCACGGUAUGAGUCAUAAU